AUGCUGGAGGCUGAACUACCUGUCCGUCUGGCUUCUGGACGUCCUGGCAGCAGGCGAGUCUCGUUAGACGCAGAGUCUCUCACGUUUGGCAGGAGAUUUGAGCAGGACCUGAGCUGUAGUCUGGUUUCAUUAGAGGAGAAAGAGAGAGCGGCAGAUGCUGCUACUGAGGUCCUGUCAAAGACGGUUUCUCUCUCAGAUGAGGUUUAUGAAGAACGUUUAUACCUGGAUGGAGAAUUUAGCUGCACGCUAUUGCUGCUGCGUUCGACGCAGUCUCUCACGUUUGGCAGGAGAUUUGAGCAGGACCUGAGCUGUAGUCUGGUUUCAUUAGAGGAGAAAGAGAGAGCGGCAGAUGCUGCUACUGAGGUCCUGUCAAAGACGGUUUCUCUCUCAGAUGAGGUUUAUGAAGAACGUUUAUACCUGGAUGGAGAAUUCAGCUGCACGCUAUUGCUGCUGCGUUCGAGGAAGAGCAGUUCUCCAGAGACGGAGGAGAAGGUGAAGAGGUUGAGGAAGAAGAACACUGAACUCGCCGUCAUCGCCAAACGUCUGGAGGACAGAGCACGAAAACUACAGGAAGCCAACCUGAAAGUGGCAAAUACUCCGAUGCCGGUGAAAGUGGGCGCUGUGGAGCAGUACAAGCGUGCAUUUGCCCGUCAGAGAGCCAGAGACCUGGCGCAGCACGCAGACACGCUGCUGUGUAAAGACAAACAGAUCGCAGCACUGCAGCAGGAGUGCAGACAGCUGGAGACGCGGCAGGGACAGGGGAAGGGUCCUGUGGGAGUCAGUGAGUUUGAGCGUCUCCUGAAGGAGUCUCAGAAGGAGGUGUUGCGUCUGCAGAGGCAGCUGUCUGUCACCUCCACCAGAGACCAGAGCAGUGUGAUGGCAGAAAGCCCUUCAGAGAGACAGGACAGAGACGGCAGGGUUGCGUUUGAAACCCCGCCCACAGUAGUAGAUGAGGCCCCUGUUAAAGGGGAGGAGACUCCUGCAGAGGGGGAGGAGUCAGAGACACAAGUGAAGCCCGAACAGGGCACAGGCUCCACCCACCAGGAAGAGCAGACCACAGAAGAGCGUCUUCAGUUGCUGGAAAGUGAGUUGGGCAAGAAGAGGAAAGAAUGUGAAGUUCUUGAGCAUGAGGUGCGGAAGAGACAAAAACGAUGUCUCGAUUUGGAGAACCAGCUAGUGGACGAGCGCAGCAGAAAUGAGCACUUAGUGGAGGAGGCAGAACUCCUCAGGAGAAAGGCUCAGCUGCUCGACCAGUCGCAGGCUGAAAAUGAGGAGCUAAAGGAACAGCUCUGUGUUUUGAACGCUCAGCAUAGUUCAGUUCUGGAGGAGAACCAGCGACUCCGUGCAAAGCUGGAGAACCUAGAGCAGGUCCUAAAGCACAUGCGAGAGGUCGCUGAGCGCAGGCAGCAGCUGGAAUUGGAGCAUGAGCAGGCACUGGCUAUCCUCAAGUUCAAACAGGAUGAGAUCAAGCGACUCCAGCGGGCUCAGUUAUUUGCUAAAAGAGAACAUGAAGGUGUCGUGCAAAUGCUGGAGAAUACACUGGACUGCAUGCAGGCAAAAGUCCGGGAGCUGGAGGAGAAAUGCCGCAGUCAGAGCGAGCAGUUUGGGAUGCUGUCACAGGAACUGGAUAAAUUCAGGGUUCAGGCCUCAAAGAUCGACCUGUCGGGCCCCGACCUGCUGUCCAGCCCCAGCCUUACCCAGCUGACCAAUGGGGUCGGCCUGUCCAGUGAGACCGGCACAAAUGCCUCAUGGGAAGACAUCGCGUUCUGGAGUUUGGAGGGUAAUGAAGCCCUCUGUGAUGCCUCCGAGCCUGAUGUGGCUGCAGUUUUGCGGACGGGCUCCACUCCACACGCGGCUGAACUCUCACGUCCUGAACGCUCACCGACCGUCAAACACCGAGAGCUGCCCACCAUCAGCAUGAAGUCCGGCUCCACGUCCAGCCCUACACCACCCAGAUCUGAGACCACUCACCUCUCACCCAAAUCCGCUGGAUCUCACCCGGCCAGUCCCCGAAAGGCCAGCCCUACACAUGAGGUGGACACUGCUAGUGAAGUUGAGGAGUUGGACGUUGACGUUUCUCCAGCGCCGUAUUCGGUCACUAAAGGAGCAGCAAAACUCCAGGUCUUCAUCGCACGUUACAGUUACAAUCCCUAUGAUGGUCCUAAUGAUAACCCAGAGGUCGAGCUGCCCCUCACAGCAGGGGAGUACAUUUACGUCUAUGGAGACAUGGAUGAUGACGGCUUCUAUGAGGGCGAGCUGAUGGACGGCAGAAGAGGCCUCGUUCCUUCUAACUUUGUGGAGCGCAUGUCAGACGACGACUUCAUGAGCUCGCACCCUCACCAGGCUAGCGAUAUGUCCCAUAAUUCCUUCCAGGAGAGCAGCUUCCACAGCGGCAGCGAGCGGCUGCACCAACACCACUUACGUUUCGCCCACAGCGCCUCCGAGAGGACGGAGACCUCCACAACAGCCUCGGCUCCUGGUGACAAUGCCAAAGCUAACCCCUCGAACCCUGCCUUGGCUGCCCCGCUCACUAACGGCUUGGACUUAGAUCUAGAGGAGGUAGGGGUGGACACUGUGCCUUACCCCCGCAAGCUAACGCUAAUCAAGCAGUUAGCCAUGAGUAUCAUCAUUGGCUGGGAGUCUCCGCUUGUCCCGGCCGGUUGGGGUUCUGUGUUUAGCUAUAACGUCUAUGUGGACCACGAGUUGCGUUUCAAUGUGCCAUUUGGUACCCAAACGAAGGCCGUUCUGGAGAGGCUGGAUUUGGCACAGAAGGCAUAUCGGAUUGCGGUGCAGUGCCUGACGGAGCGUGGCAACUCUGAUCAACUACGUUGCAGUAUACUAGUCGGACGGGACGUGUGCGUAGCACCGACUCACCUGCACGUUGAACGCAUCACGGCUACCUCAGCCAGUCUCACCUGGCUGCCUAGCAACAGUAACUAUGUGCACAUUGUGUCUUUAAACGAUGAGGAGUGCGAGCUGGUAAAGGCAGGAUGCUAUUCACUGUGCCUCAGUAACCUCACACCCAACAUGCAUUACAACAUUAAAGUGGAGGCUAGGCCGCACCGCACUGCCUGGGAACUAAUGCCGGAGUGCCGAGAACGCAAAACUGCAGUGACCUCUUUCACAACCCUGACUGCAGGUCCUCCUGAUGCUCCUCUGGAUGUGCAGUUGGAGCAGGGCCCAUCUCCGGGAAUAGCUCAGAUCAGCUGGCUGCCCGUUACUAUAGAUGCUGCUGGAACGUCCAAUGGUGUACGAGUCACUGGCUACACUAUCUACGCUGACAAGAAGAAGGUAUUAGAGGUGUCGUCACCCACAGCAGGCAGCGCUCUGAUUGGUCCAUCUCAGAUCCAGACAUUACAGGCGGCUCAUGAGCUCACCGUACGGACCAUGUCAGCUUUUGGUGAGUCGGUGGACUCAUUGCCGGUGAAUGUGCCCUCCAAAUUGCCUGCCAUCAUGUCCGGUGUCUCAUUGCCUCAAUGCCAGUCUGUGCCAGCCACCGCCAGUGCCAACCCAGAUCCUGCUGUCUGUGCCACAUCUCUCUCUGCUGCCAAAACGCCCAUUCUGCCACACGCUGCUACACUGGACGAACACACCACUGGUCCUGUUCGGGGAGUCUACGUCAAUACACCCAAUGCAGUCGCUCGUGAGGCCCCUUCCUCUCCUGCAUCUUAUGUAGAAGCCUGGGCAAACCCAACAUCAGCUGCACCUCUGACGGUUGCCAUGCCAGCACAGGAGGCACUGCCACUAUAUUCCUCACGUGCUAACUCUACGGUGAGUGUAUCUGCACCCAUGGUCAUGCCUGUUCCUGUUGCUACACCAACGUCCAUGGCCGUACCUGCUCCCUUGACCACACCGUUACCCAUGCCCACGCCAGUGUCCAUUACAGUGCCAGGUCCUGUGGCACCUGCCGCCAUGCCAGUGCCCAUGUCUGCACCCAUACCUGCACCUGUUGUUGUACCUGCAUCAGUGCCAGUGCAAUCCAGUGUGGCUCCUGCUGUGCAGAACCCAGGCAGAGAGACAGACAGCCCAGGAAGCCAGCGUCCUGUUGCCUCCCUCUCCGACUUCUUGGAGGACCCCUGUGCCAAACUUCACACACCACCACCCAGUUCCACCUCCCCAAAAGUCAACAUCCCAGGAAAGGACCCUCUCGAUGUUCCAGAUACGCACCCACUGAGGCCUCCCAAUCCGUCACCUUUUGAGUCAGAGCCCGAGGAGGACAGGGAAAACACCAGACUUGUGUCCAUAGAGGAGUUCCUGCGGCCUGUACCUCAACCUCGAAUAAAGGUCUAUGCUGGUGGUCUUAUGGACCCUCCCCCAGACUACCACGGGGAGAGCAGUCGGUCUGAUUUGUCUGAUAUACUGGAGGAAGAGGAGGAAGAUCUGCUCUCUGAGCCUAUCGCUGACGUCUCCUCCAGAGGUUACAGUACAGCUCCUACAGGCAGGUCUGAAAUGUGGGAAACUGACAGCGAUGAAGAAAUUUUAGAGAGGAUUAUAAAGCUCCCCCCUCAAGCCUACCACAACAAACAGCUCUUCAGCAUCCCAGAAGUCACCAAAGAUGAAGACAAUACUGAAUCGGAACCCCACACCAGACCUUCCCCAGGCCGGAUUGCUUCUGGCAAGGGCCAUCAGUGUGGACAUGAGAGUCGCCGACAUUCCCCCCACCAUCACAAUCAUGGACAUAAAAUGGAAUCCGAUUCGCCCGUAGUGAGGUACAAAGGGACUGCGCCAGUCAGGACUAGACCCAGAGUACAUUACGCUGACACGGUGGACACCAUCAGCUAUCUGGAUGAGGAGGAGGUGGAGUUGGACUCUGACAGUAGCCUGUAUGCUGGGCCUAGUUCUGUAAGUGUGGCUGCACACCGCAAAUCGCACAAAGGCCAUGGCGACCGACUCAGGAGAGAGGCCUUGCUACGUAGCCAGAUGACUUCAGGAACAGUGCAGGGACCAUAUUUACUUAGCAAGACCGUACAACGUGUGAAGUCACCCACUGGAUCCUCAACAGAGAUUGACAUAGAGUAUGGAACCGAUAACGAUGAGGAGCAUCAGCUGUUUGAUCCAGGAGAAGUGGUGUUAGGCCAAAUGAGCUCGGAGUGGUGGGUGGAAGGCGGUAACAAUAAGUACCACCACUUGCCCCUGACAUGCAGACCCCAGCCAGAGCUGCCCCCAAGUAUCCGCUCAUGGGAGGCAGGUGGAAGAGAAGCAUCGUUGGCAGAUCCGGGUGCAAUGUGGUGCGAUGUCACUCCAAAAUCGUCACGCUCUGAAAUUAGACUGCAUAGAGAGCCCAGAGCACCUGAAGAAAAUGAGGUGAGAGUCUUUGUUGCCCUCUUCCCAUAUGAUCCUGCAGUCAUGUCACCCAAUCCUGACGCUGCUGAAGAGGAGCUUCCCUUUAAAGAGGGCCAGAUUAUCAAGGUUUAUGGGGAUAAAGAUGCAGAUGGUUUCUACCGAGGCGAGGUGGGUAGUCGUUGUGGCUAUGUGCCGUGUAAUAUGGUCUCAGAGAUCCAGGUUGAUGAUGAGGAGACCAGAGACCAGCUCCUGAUGCAGGGCUUCCUCUCCACCGAGGCGUCAAUGGAAAAGAUGGACGCCCGCUUACAUGCACAGCUUCCACGCCGUCCCGCUGCACCGCCGAAACCUAGACGCUCCAAGAAAGUGGAGUCGGCUGCGGCAUGGGACGACACGUCCGCAAUAGACUCCUCCAGUCAAGACCUCAGUCGCUCCGCCGGCUCGAUGGGAAGCUCAAGACCUCGCAGGAUGGUGGCCAUCUUUGAUUACGACCCGAGAGAGAGCUCUCCUAAUGCAGACAUAGAGGCUGAACUGACCUUCAGCGCGGGCGACAUCAUCUAUGUGCUCGGUGACAUGGACGAUGACGGCUUCUACUAUGGGGAUCUCAAUGGACACAAAGGCCUCGUGCCGUCCAACUUCCUGCAAGCUUUUCCAGAGACAGAAGAAGACGCGGCGCGGACGGAGCACACGGUGACAGAGAGCCGCAGAGAUUCACAGGUGAGCCAGACAGAAUCGUCUGAGCAUCUUGAUCCCGUGAGCUCCUCUCAACUAGACCUGAAUCCACCAGCUCAGCCAGAACCGAACCCUGAGCCGGACUCUGAGCAGAAACCGACCCUGAGCUCAUCUCUGCCCGCGACCCCUCCGUUCCCCGCCGCCUCCCUGCCUGAGAAAAAGAAGAAAGGCUUCUUCUCCAAGGGCAGGAAGCUCUUCAGAAAGCUGGGCUCCAGCAAGAAGGAGUAGCUGUGAGCCUAAAGAUCUGCAGAUUGCACUUUCUCUCGUAUGUCGUGUCAGUUUGAGUGUGUCCGUCCAAUAGGAGAAUCUUUCUCAUUCUCAGAUUUUUGCCAUAAUGACGCAGAUAUACCAGCGCUUUCGUGUGUCGGACUGUUUCUUCUUUUCAAAAAAGCUUUUCAAAAAUAAUCGCAAUACUUGUGCAAAUAUGGAAAUGGGUUUGAACCCAUUAAAGCUGUGACUAGAGCUCAUGCCUGUUGAAAAGCUAUAAAACUACUCAUUUAAAGAGUAAAAAGAUAGCGAAAUAUUCUAAAUAAACUCUUAACUUCAAUAUAACAGCAUUUAGACAUGAACUAACCAUCUGCUAGUGUUCACAAACAUCAGCCACUGAAAGGCAAAGCACACUUAGAGGAAAUAUCUUGACGUGAUAUUUAUUCCAGGAAUUCUGGAAAAAUAAAGCGAAGGUUGACGACAAAAUAAUUUUUUGUCGCUACAAAAAUAUUUUGCACUACAAGUCGGGUCCAAGACUGCAGAACUGUCCCUGUUUUGUGUUGCUGGUGUUAUCCGGUUAAAGCUAGAGUAAUACAAACCAGUUAGUUAAACCAGUACAGACUGAACUGAACUCAAGUCUUUACAUAUUAAUUCAUUCAUUUUUACUGGAGAAAAUCUGAAUGAUCACCGACUGGCCAAAACCUUUUCAUAUCCAUAUCACAAUAUUUUCCACAGUUUCAGAUUAUUUCAUUGUUGUUGUAUUCUACUGAAAAUAGUUUUUUAUUAUAUUCUACACACUACUGUGUGGAAGCCCGUUUC